AUGACGGCGCUGCCGGCGCCCACCACGCCGGGGCCGGAUGGAUCCACGCUGGGGUUGACUGAAUCCGUCCCGCCGUCCCCGACGGGGCUCUGGGCCGUGAGCUACGAGGACGCCGUCUCGGCGGCCGUGGAGCGGCUCAACGCGAGGGCCGUCAGUCCCUACGUCCUGCGGCUGCGGGAGGCCCAGCCCCGGCCCGGCUGGCCCGGGGACCUGCAGCACCCGCAGGAGCUGAGCUUCAUCGUCGAGGAGACCCGGUGCCGGGCCCCGGGGAUGGCCACCGCCGCCUGCAGGAGCCGCUGGCUCGGGGUGGUGAUUUGGUGCCAGGGCUCCGUCUUCCUCGAGCAGCAGCAGCCCACGGUUGAGCUCUCCUGCGAGAAGCUCGGCCGUACCCAGACAUCCAGGCUCAUGCGCCUUUUUGCCAGGCUCAGGGAGCAUUUCGGGGGCUUCUUCCAGUGCGGCAAGAUCUGGAUCCGCGACAAACUCAACCUCAAAUAUCCCAAAGCCUGA